AUGAACAAUCAAUACAUACGUCGAGAAGUCUUCUGCUGUGAAACUUGUCAUGAGCUCAAAAGCUUCUGGGAGAAAGAAAUUAGCAAACAGACUGGUUACCGGGAACUGGAGGAAGAUCGUCAGGGAAGGAGUGCCCUGAGAAAGCUCAGAGAAGAAUGGAAGCAGAGACUGGAGAAAAGGCUGGGGAUGUUGGACAAUCCUGAUGGGAAGGAAAAGCAGGCAAACACUGUGGGCUGAGAGCUUCCUGCCUCAUCCACUUCAAAGAUAACAAGCCACCAAGGGCACUUUUCUAAGAGGAAAAACUAGCACCCAAAUUAUGUUGACUUCCUAAGCAGGACACUCUCUAUUUGCUCUCCCGUUUGUGAGGGGAUUUACAUGUGAAACCUCCCCCAUUGCUAAUGGGAGUCUUUAUCCAACUCAA